GCGAAAUGGUUGUUUUUUUAAAGGAGAGCUCUUAGAUUAUAAUCGUGAGUACAGAAGACAUGAUUUAGGGGAACAGUAGGCCGAGACUGGUUUCGGAGUAAUAAUUGUUUUGUAACUGCUCCAUUCUGAAACGCAAGAAACAUCUCAAUGAGAAGAAGAGGAUACUAUUUCAAGUAUUUCAAGACUGUAGUAGGCUGUAGGCCCAGUGUAGGCGUAGGCUGUUGGCUUAUUGACUUACUUAAUUAACUUAAUUAAUUGAAAAAAACACUACAAUACUACAAAUAUAAACUUCUAAACUUUAACUUCACAACAUUGACAUUGUCUAGUCUGACUAAGUCUACACAAAUUUCAUAGUUCAUUUUCAUACUUACUACUUAGUAUUCUUUUAUUAAUAUUAGUAUAUUUAUACAGUAUAUUGAAUGGUUUGACAAUUUUAAUUUUAAUAUUUUGAGUUUGUUCAUAUAAAAUGUGUAUAUUAGUAAUAUUAGUCUAAGUCAGUGGUGGGCAGCAAAUCGCGGCUCUUCAGUCUUUAACUUUAGCAAACCGAGUGCUUUAAUCAUCCUGCUGCACUUUAAACUAAUGAGAACACUGGUUUUAGUAUAGUUUUAUAGUUAGUUGACAAGUUGUAUAAAAUAAAUAUGAGUAUGAUAAAUUGAUGAAUAAUGAAUUUGAUUUAUUAUUGAUGGCUCAUAUAAAUAAUAUAAGUUUAAGACAUAUUAAGUCAAGUAUAAUUAAGUUAGUCAGUGUAAUUGAUAUAAGUAUAAGUUCAAGUGAUAAGUCAUGUCCAUUUGCCUGAAAUUCAAAUUAUUAAAAUUGUUAAACUAGAACGUAGGUCUACUGAAAAAAAAUAGUGGAACGAGAUAAAAAUAUGUUGACAAAUGUUGAGCCUUGAAAUGAAUAGACAGGAUAAUUCAAUAUCAAUAGAUAAUAAUAAAAUUUAAUACUUACUAAUAGACUGUUAAAAGGAUAUUUCGGGUAGAUGCCUUCAACAGACAAUACAAAACAAGAAACAGAUAAUAGGAAAUCAAAAAUAAUAAUGCUUAUGUGUUACCGUCAUUCAAUCUCAAUGAAGUCAAUGUAGCUCAAUUUUGAGAACUGGUGUUGCUCUAUUGUCUAUAUUAGAGAGGUCUCUAAAUAUUGAAUUAAUGGUAAACCAUUGUUAGGAGAGGUCUCUAAAUAAGGAAUUAAUUAAUGGUAAAAAAAAAUUGUUAGUGACCUAAUCAUGCUCAUGAUAUAUAAGCUUUAUAAAUUCAAUAAAUACAUUGUACACUUCUGCUGGUGGUGCUAGAGUCCCGUGACAGUGACUCACAGGCAGACACUUCAGUAUUUAAAUUAUGUACUUAAUAAUUAAUUAACUUAUUUCAAUUGGUAGUGAGUUAUCCACCUGCUUGGUUAUAUGAAUAUAAUAAGAUAAUAUAUUUGAUAGGUGAGUAGUGGAGACUAUAAAAGAUUAACCUAGUUUUAAUUAUUAAUUGAUUGAAUAAAUAUGUAGCCAUCUACAAAUGACAUUUCACUAUUUUUUAUAAAAUUUGGACACCCCCUCCCCCCCUGGUCACUAAAAAGUAAACAAAAAAAUUAUACACCCUUGUCCCACGUCGUCACGAAAUUGGAAAGAAAAUUUAAAUAGGAACCUAGCAUGACUCCAACUCAAAGCAAAAAGUUUAACUAAAUCUUGGUCAAAUAGAACUGAAAAAUGUAAUUGACCCAAGAAUUAUUUCACAAUGCUUCUCUAAAGCUGAUAUAGUAAAUUUAAUCAUAUUUAACACUACAGAUCGAGUCAACCUAGCAUUAUUGUGAAACACUAAAUUGUGUAACAGUGGAAUUUUUUUCACAUUGAUAUGAAGAAACUGUUUAAAUUCAAUUCAAAUAAAAUUUUCAUUAAAAAAACUUUUUUUGCCUUUAUAUUUAUAUGAUUCAUUUAUUCAUUCUUUUUUUAAUAGUCAAACAAACUUUCUUGUACAUCUUGGUACUUGAUGUGUUUUGUUUAAUAUUUCUUUAUGUGAUGGACAGUUUUCUUUUUUUUCUUAACCUUUUAGAAGUUUCAGCCUUAUAGCCUCAUGACUCUGUUGCAUCAUUCUUAGUUAUGGAGGUUUCUACAGCUGCUGUUGGUAUUUUAUGUAGGGUACAUAACAUCUCAGAUCGCUGACAUGUUUGUAAAUAGAUUUUUUAAAAGUUUAUUUCUUUUAUAAUUGUAUUUCUUUUCUUUUUUUUUUUUUUCAGAUCAACUGACACAUUUUUGCUUGUUUUUAUUGUGUGUUCUUUUAGAAGUAUAAAAAAUCACAGAAAAAAAGUUAUAAAUUUAUUAAACUUUAAAAAAAAACAUAAAGGAAACAAUUUUUGUUUUUUUUUUUUUUAUUUUAUUUUUUUAAUGUUUUUUUUUUUUUUAAUUUUUUUUUUUUUUUUUUUUUUUUUUUUCAGAUCAACUGACACAUUUUUGCUUGUUUUUAUUGUGUGUUCAUUUAGAAGUAUAAAAAAUCACAGAAAAAAAGUUAUAAAUAUAUUAAACUUUAAAAAAAAGCAUAAUGGAAACAAGCCUUCCCUCAUUGAUGAAAGAAGUUGGGGAGGCUCUGAAACUAGAUAAUGAGAGCAAAGAUAAGGUCAGUGUAAAUAACCAAUACUUCACCUUUUUCAUAGCCAGUUAUAAAAUUGAUAAUAAAAAAUAAAUAUGAGCAGUUGGUAAUUACUAGGGUUUCUUGAGAGUCCUUAUAGGAAGCUAUACAUGUAAAGUGGUCUUUCUGGGUGAAAAUAUUACCUGAUCAUAGGAUUUCGUUAGUGAAAAACUUUGAUAUACAAAACAAAUAUCUCUUGCUUACUUUUUACCCAAUGGCAAAGAAGCGUACACAUUAAUAACACUCUUAGUCUUAUCAUGUCACAAAGGUUCAUAAAUGGGUCGUCAGAUUUUUAUUGUAAGGAUUGAAAAAUCAGGGAGAAACAAAUUUGUAUGGACAUUUUCCCUGGAAGUAAGAUUGUGGCUGUGAUAUUAAAGAAAAAAUAUGUUGUUACUGGAUGCUGAUCCUUAUCAAAAGUACAUAUUUUAGAUUGAUACUUGAUACAUGUGUGGCAGAAUUUGAGGUAUUAUUUUGAGUGUGUCAUAAGAUAUCAUAAGAUAAAAAGGUUGAAAAAGUUGAUCAAGACUUCUUAAAGAAUUCUUUAUUUGUGCAAAGCACCACCUGGACUCAUAAUCAAUGUUACAUGUUAAAUUAAUUUAAAAUCAAUUUAAAAUAAAUUUAAAUUUGAAUUUUUAAUGACCACCCAUUGCUGGUGGACAAACCAGAAAACGCCAAUAGUUAGCUUCCUCAUAAAAGAGGGGAUGUCCUGAUGAGUUGGCCCCUAAUUUGUGUUCCUUGACUGCUAAUUAUUUCACCACCCUGUGGGCAAGAAAUAAUCCUAAGGCUGCUAGAUGCAGAUCUUUAUUAUCAAUAACAAAUAAGUAUAUUUUUUUAGCAUUGUUUCUAAUAAAACAUAAUAUAAUAAUUAUUAGAUUAUUUUUCUUUUGAAAAGUACAAUUUUAGACCUUUUUUCCACAGGAGGCUUAUAAGAAAUAUGUAAGCUGCAUUUACAAGAUAGCAACCAACCUUGUUCUGGCAAUGAAAUUAGCAGGUGAGUUUAUGAUACCUGAUGAGAGUAUGUCACUUCAUUUAUUUUGCAAUUAACAUUCCUAUGAUUUUAUUUAUUUUAGUACUAUACCAUGACAGUAUAAUGAUUAUUAUAUUCAAUCUUUCGGAAAUAUGGUUUUAUUUUAAUACCGUUUUUAAGACAAAAACAAAUUACUCUCUAUUCAUUUGUAUGUACCAGGUGGAGAUGUAGUGGUAGACCACAAGACCUGUCGGCAAGUAAAACUAGUGCAGCAGUGUGUUGACAGAGUUGCUGAGUUAGUGAAAAAAAUGGGUAAGACAUUUCCAGCAUGCAACAGUCAUUAAGCGUACACAGUUCAUAAUAUUUUUAUAGGAGAGUGGGGGAGCCGCUAUCAUGAAAUAUUUAAAUUGUUUUGCUUUAAUAUUUUAUUUAUAAUUUUUCCUUACAAGAAUAUUCUCUGUUGGAUAAAAUAUUUCUGUUAACAUUUAUACCUUUGGUUUUUUAAAAUAUAUUUAGAAAACUUAUCUGGUAAGGAGAAAAAGGCAAUAAUAGCUUAAAUAGCUAAUUUUUAAUGCCACUGCAAUUUGGCUGCACUUUGCGGCAUGAGAUUUUUUUACACAGAGUUCUUCUUCUUCUAUAUCUUAAGGGCCCACGAUCAAUUUAUUGAUCAUUUUGGCUCCUAUGCAUGUAGAUGGGAUUUGCAAUGUUUCUGUUCCUGGUGUUGAUGAGGAAAUUUCACUGAUUUCCAGUGCCACUUUGUGAGGGAAUCAUGCACAAGGGGUUUGAAGGCUUGAGGCAAUAGACACAAAUGUGUCUAGUGUUGUCGCCUCAACCAUUCCUUUUGAAAGCUUGUUCCAGUCCCUGAUUGUCUUGGGCAGGAAUGAGCAGCUCCUAUACUGGCUUCUUGCUGGAAUGAGCCUGAAUUGCCUGUCAUGGCCUUGUCGCUGUCUAUGGGGGAGAGGGACGAGUUUCUGUUUAAUACUGGAACAGUGGACCAGCCCAUUUUUUAUCUUGUACAUCAUGGAGAGCCUGAAUUGUCGUCGUUGUUCCUCCAAUGGUGACCAGCCUAGCCUAGUGUUUCCAGCAUGCUGCCAACACUAGAGCUAUUCCUGUAGCGGUUUAGGACAAAGCGCUCUGCUCGUCGCUGGACCGCCCCAACCUGUCAACGCUCCUCUGGGUAAAUGGGUCCCAGACUGAUGAUGCAUAAUCUAAAACCGGACGAACAAAGGCUUUAUAUGCUCUUUCUUUCACACAGGAGUUGCCAAUCUUUAGAUUUCACCUUAAGAACCCUAGGGUCUUGUUUGCUUGGUUACAUACAUUGUUAAUAUGCUCGUCCCAGCGGACCUCUCUUUGAAUGGUAACACCCAGGUACUUUACGAGGAAACUGGCUCAAGUUUACCAUCUAACCCAGGAGUCUGGUUCACUUUCCUCCAUACACUGUUGGGGGCCGGACUAUAGUUUUAAAAAAAACAUGAAUGUAUUCCUAUAUGCACUGCACAUAUAUUAUUUGUGGUGCUAAUAAAGAAAAAGUAGAAAAAUGAAGAAUAAUUAUAUUAAUUAACAUUAAGUUAUUAGUAGUUCAAUGGGACGAAUGGGCCUGUUAGCAAUAUCCAGUUCUGGUACACUUAUGGCAGCCAGGCUAAAGAACCCUGGGGGGCUGGAUCUGGACAGUGGGCGAUAGUUUGAGGACCCCUUAUCUAACCAUAACUGCGCCUUUCUGGUCUGACACGUCCAUUCCUCAUGGCUAUUUUGGAAUAACUGGGAAAUAUCCAGAUCAAUUCAAACACUCUGCCUCUUGGUUGAGGGGCCAACAACAUGACCAUUGUGUCACAAGGCCAAAUGAUGUAAACAUGAAUACUAUUUUGGGUUUAAUUGUUUGAUUGAUUACUUUUAUUUGGUUAAUUGAUAUUAUUACUCUUUUAAUAGGGAUCAUGGCAUAAAAUUAUAAUAUUUGCAAUCAUAGGAUGACACCUUUGAAUACAAUUGUAUAUAUUUAUAAUAUAAUAUAAUAUAUUUUCCUAGAUACACAGAAGAUUAAGCCAUCUUCAGUAUGUAUCGGCAAAUCAACUUCCUAUCACAGCUCUGAUUUAACUUCUCUGACAUCAGUCCCACCUAGAUGUAAGUUUAAUUUUUAUGAGCUUUAUCCAAUUUCCAAUCUUACAUGUGCAAAAUAUAAAUUACUUCUUACCUCUUGAAAUAUAAUUAAAAUCUUUUUAUGAACUGCAUACAAGAUAGUAGUUUACCUAUCACAUUUCUAAAAUUUUAUUGAUUAAUAUUUAUUUGCUAAAUUAGCAAAUUAUGGACUGUAGUUUAAGAAAUAAUUUUGCUUUUACAAAUCUAAAAUUAAACUUAUUGAAUAUUGACCCACAGCAGAUGAAGAAUUUAUCUUUUGGAAGAAAUUAAUAAUAUGAUAUCCUUAUUUGCAUUUGAAACAAAUUAAAGAUGUGCUUUUGAUAUUGGACUCUAAAAGGAAAAGAUAAAUUAGCAUACAAUCUAACAACCAAAGCUGGGAGGGUAACACUUUAUUCCUAACUUGCAAAAUAUAUUUCAGCAUUACAAGAACCACAAUCUCCAUUAUUUCCCCCUGUAAUACAACAGACCACUCCAUCGACAAGACAAUUAAAUGCCAUCAUGCCCACUUUACCACCAGAAAACAAUCCAUAUGUGUUCACAGUGCAGAGGUAAAUUUUUUUUUUGUUAAUUAGAAAACAAUGUAACCAUCACAUCAUUUGUUAAAUGUCAUAACUAAAAUGAAAUUAACUGAAAACUCUUCCCUUGGGACCUUAUUUAUGAAGAGAAUCAUUUUAAAUAUAUAUAUAUUUUUUUAAUUUGCACUCUAAUUUUGAAACAACAUAGUAAAUUAAUUAUCCUUUAUUGCAAAUAUUUGUUUUUUUCUGUUUAUUGUAUUUUGAAAUGUCAAAUGAACUAUUGCUGGAAUCGAUAGUAUGUUUUUUUUUUAAAAUCCAUUAUAAAAAUAUAUUAUAGGACCCGUGUGUUAACACCAAUGGAAAUUGCCCAAAAACAGAACCAGUCACUUAUGACAGCAUACAGAGCUAGAAUGAACAGACUUAAUCGCUCUGAUUUCAAUGCUUUUAAUUAUGUAAGAAUAUUCAUUAAAGGAUAAAGUUAGAUUGCUUCAUUGAUCCAAACAAAUCGAAUUAUGUUCCUAUUUCAAUUUAUUGUUAUGCUCUCAGCAUUUCAAAAAAAAAAAGGAAAACAUAUACAAUAAAAACAUUCUAAUUUACUUAACAAAACUAAUAGAAGCAGAUUAUUUUUUUUUAAUACAAUACCCAAGGAUAUUUGUGAGAUUUAAAAAAAAUUAAAAAUGCACAUUUCUUUGUGCAUGAAAAUAAAUAAGGUCAUCUUCAAGUGGAAAUAUUUUUAUGUUUAUAACCAAAUUAUGUAUUGUUUUAUGAUUUCAGAGUUUAACCAUUCAAAGGAAAAUGGCGGAGAAUAUAGCCAUAGCCCAGGCCCAAGAAGAAGAGGUGAUGAAACUUUUGUUUAUAAAUAUAUUUAAUGAUAAUUUUUGAAAUGCCUGCUUUCCAUUUUUUUUUUUUUUUUUUUUUAAAUAGAGAAAAUUAUUUCCAAUUGGUAAAAAAUUUAAAUUAUUUUUUAUUUUGAUAGUCAAUAGAGUAUAAUAUUGAAGAGGAUAGGUAUUUACCUUUUGGAAAAUGUUUCGAAUACCAUUUACAUAAAUUAUGACAGCUUAAUAAUCUUUUCCAAUUUAAAGCUGGCCAGAAAAAUGCAAGCUAGAAACCAAAGACUGGAAGAUGAAGCUGCCAAGUAAGUUGUCCUUUUACUAAAAUAACAGACUAGCCUUAAAACUUUAAAACGUUAAAAACUCAUCCAUAGUCAGGGCAGUUAAAAGGGGCAGGCUGCGCAGGACACGACACUAUGAGAGAAUGCCGGUUUGUAGAGCGGUGAAAUUGAUCUACAGAAAGAAACAGGGACAGACAGCUUACCAGUCGACCGAGAAAGAGAUGGAUUGAUGACGUAGAGGACUUAAAUCAGCUGAAGAUCCGUACUUGGGGGCAAAAAGCCAUGGAUCAGUCCAAAAGGAAGGAUUUGGUGGAGCUGGCCAUGGCCCUAAUGAUGAUGAUGAUGAUGAUGACUACACAGCCAUAGUUAAUUUUUUAAUCAACUUGAUUUGAAUGUGAGUUUAAAAAUGAUGGCUUGAUAAAGUCAAUUAAUUUUCUUCUUGUUGGGGUUUAAGGAAAUCAUGGCCCUCUUUUAUGAUCAAAGAUUCAACAAUAUUAUUAUUCUUUGUUGAAAUAGCUUUACAUGAAAGGGAAAAAAAAGUUGUUUUUAAUUGUUUUUUUUUGUUUUUUUAAAAUGAUAAUUAGUGUUAAAUCAAGGCACAUUUGAUUUUAUUACCAAAAUGUCAACAGAAAAUGAAACUCUUUUUCAAUCAGUUUCUUUAUAAACAUUUUCCCCCUAGUUUUAAAAUAAAAAAUUUUCCAUUUAAAAAAAAAAAAAAAAAAAAAAAGGAGAUUUGCCACACCCAUUGGAAUGUCUAAAGAGGAGCAAGAGCAGAGACAAAUCUACAAAAAGAUAUUGGCAUAUGAAAAUGAAGCUGUGAGUGUACACCAUGUGUGUGUGACAUGAUGUUAGAUACAACUUGAACCCUACUUUUGUAGCAAGCCAUAUUUUUAAACUUGGCCAUUCUAGUAGUAGGUAGUUACACAUUCUCACAGAUAGGUCAGUUAAGGCACCCUUGAAUCUAAAUCUGUUAUAAUGGGAUUUAACAGUGAUCACAGUUUCAUCUUGAUGCUCUGUCAGCUUUUAACAGCUGUGUUUGCCCUAUGUUAUAUUUUUUAAAUUCACCAAACAAGAGCUAGAGAAUUAGCACCCGAGGUUUUAAGUAUACAUCAUUUUAAAUGUGUCUUUAUUUGGUUUGGGUUUUAGGUAUACAUCACUAUAAAUGUGUCUUGUUUAGUUUUAGGUAUACAUCACUAUAAAUGUGUCUUGUUUGGUUUUAGGUAUACAUCACUAUAAAUGUGUUUAUUUGGUUUGGUUUUAGGCAUGCAUCAAUAUAAAUAUGUCUUAUUUGGCUUAGGUUUUAGGUAUACAUCACUAUAAAUGUGUCUUAUUUGGUUUGGGUUUUAGGUAUCCGGUACACAUCACUAUCAAUGUGUCAUAUUUUGUUUGGUGACAUAAAACUUAAUAGAAGGUCUUAUUUUUAUGUCUGUUCCAUUACUUAACCAAUAGUUGGCCUAGUAAUUAAUUAAUCCUUGUGGUUACUUGGCAUACAUUUCAUAAGUUAUUACAUGGUAUGAAGAAUAGAAAAAUGUAGCUUGACAUAAUUCACAGCCCUCAAACACUGGAGCAAAGUUACUUUCACUUUUUUAAUUUGAUCACCAUUUGCUCUAGAAAUGGCUGCAGAAUUGGAGAAAUAAACUGGAAUCAAACCCUGAGGAUCCCAUUCUCAUCAGUCAGCUGGUGGCAGAGAUUCUCAGGUGUGCUGAUCAUCCUUUAACAGAACUUUUACGGAAGUAUCAAGUCAAGAUCUAUGACAGGUUGUACCCUCUAGUGGCAAACAAGCAUGCAGAGUUGGAGCAGAUAAAAGUAAAGUUCAUCUCUCAAUGUAUAUUUAGAUAAUUCAUUCUUUGAAAGAUUCUUAGUAUGUGUAUAGCCUUUGCUGUGAGGGAUCUUAAUGUGCAGUCCAGUGGUCCUGUAAGGUUCCAUGAAUAGGGUUUUGGAGGUAGUGUAGUAGACAAAGUCUUAUCUAUUUCCAAUAUCUUCAAACUGCAAUUUACAACUUAUGGACUUCACCAGAUUAGCAAUGGGGGGUCCAUGCACUUCACCAGUCUAGGAGUGGUGGUCCAUGCACUUCACCAGACUAGCAGUGGGGGUCCAUGCACUUCACCAGACUAGCAGUGGUGGUCCAUGCACCUCACCUGAACAGGAGUGGUGGUCCAUGCACUUUACCAGACUAGCAGUGGUGGUCCAUGCAAAAAAAACGACAAGAACCACUCUAAUGGUGCAAGGCUACAGUACAUAUGUGCUUUUUGUAUUCAUGCUACAAAUAGAUUUGGAGAAAAUAAUAUUGUUUCCUGCGAUAACUCUCUAUACAGCUGUCCAGUCCUGCAGCUCCAUCUCCUACCAUGCCAGGUCGGCAUAGUUACACCAGGCACAUCCAAUCAGGUUGGGGUUUAAUUCAGAACUGCAAAUAUAAUUUCCCAAGUUUGGAGUGGAGGAUAUAUUAUCAAACUUAAUUCACCUCCCUCCCAAGUGGGGAGGGGGGGAUAAUAAUAAGGAUUUUAUAUUUGUCUGUGCAAAUAGGGAGUUGGUGGGGGAUGUCAUAGGUCAUUAAAGGUCUCCUCAGAGUUUUCUAGCUACAUAUACUACAAUAUUUAUCUUUAAACACAGAUUAUUUAUCCUUAAUUUGGAGUUUGGAAAGGGGGCUGGAUGAUGUGUUUUAUUCACCUAUAUUUGUAAAAACUUGUUGAUAAAGUUAAUUGGUGUUUCUAAUUUAGGUCCCAUUCCUUAAAACAGCCUGGCCAUCACUAGAUGAUGUUGCUGACAUUAUAAACACCACAGUAUUUUCAUAUCCAUCUCCUACUGAAACCAGGGAACAAACUCUGCCUCUCUCUGACAACCAAUCAAGCCAAGAAGAUUGCACCGACGGCCCUGCUGAGACUGAUACCAUAACAAAUAGUCACAAUGACUUUAAGAAUGACAAAAUUCAGUCAGGAGAUAUAGGUCCAGAUUCUUGGAGUGAUCCUCUGUGUGUUCGUUCCCCAUCACAAGAAUUUACUGAAAAUGUAAUCGCAGAGAAAAAGGAAAACCAGACUAACACUCUCAAUGAUACAAGUGAUGUGCUGAAUGAUGGAAGUGCUCAUUCCUGUAAUGAAAAAAAUCAAAGUGGUGAGCCAACAUAUGAAAGCACAGUUUCAGAGGAUGGAGGUCAAAAUAAUUUAAAACCAUUCUGUAACAGUGCAGGCCAAAGUCAACUUGCCACUGCUGUGUCAGAAACAAAGAAAGACCUUGAUCUGGCAUUGGAAAAAGGGCAAGAGUUGACCACACAGUUGUCAUGGGAACGAAAGCAGGCUCAGUUACUGAUGCGUCAGGUCACAAGAGACUACAGCUCUUACAAGUUGGAUAAGGUAGAUUUUGAUGAGGACACCCUGGACUAUCUCUUUGAUGAUGAUGAUAACGAUGACAACAGCUACGAGGAUGAAAUUUUCAACCCUAAGACCUGUAACGUUCUGAAAGAUAACUCGAGUGUGCUGCCGUCUGUGCCCGAGAAAUCACCUUUGAAACCCCCUGACAGCACACCAUUGGACCGAAGUGUUAGCCAUCAGCCUCCCGCUUCUUUUGUGUGUGAGGACGAUGCAGACCACUAUCAAAGUUUGCCAGCGAGACUUGGCAAAGAUGAAGUUGACCACAGGAAGUUCUCAGAGCUCAAUAUGGAUGCUUAUGAGAGACACCUCAAGUCUAUCGCUGAAGAUAUUCACAGAUAUUUAGGUAAAUUUAUAUUCUUUCCUAAUAUUUCCACAUCCUUUGGCAGUAUUUUUUUUUUUUUUUUAAAUUUGUGGUGGGGAGGCAUAAUGGUAGACUCACAUUAUGUUUAACUUUCAUAUGUCAUCUAUUUCUAUAGAAUGUAUUCUAAAAUAAUGACAGCUUUAUUGUGCCCCCUCCAAAAUCUGUUUACUGGUGGCAUCAUUAUCAAAUUUAUUUUUAAAUGUAUCACUCAGCAUCCUUAAUCCACAGCAAAAAAAAUUUUAAAAUGCGCUUUUCUUUACUAGGACUGUCGAAUAAACAACUGGAAAUAAAACUUAAACCAUAAAUUAUGUUCACUCCAGAAAGGAAUAUGGUUAGAGAUUUAAGCUACACUUAGCCAGGCAAAUAAAAACAUGUGCCAUAUUUUAAUUAAGUUUGUCAAAAUGUGACCUAUGUUCUUUUUUUCUUUCGUUUUUUCCUUCAUGGUGUCAAUGAAAUAAAUCAACUUUGAAACAAAUAAUUAUCUCAAAUAAUAUAUCCCAUGGUGGUUGGCAGAGUAAAAUCAACUCCAGAUGACAGUUUAAUGUUCACUAUUACAAGCAACGGGUAGAUGACUUCUUUUAACAUCUAAUAACAGCAUUUUUGCAUAGCUGAACCAAGUAUCAUUCUUAAAAAUAGUUUCUUAACUCUUCAAAAAACAUAAAUUUUGCUAUUUGGCCUGUAAAGAUUCUUCUGAUUGGUGAAUUCAAAUAUAUUUUGUAUGCAGAAAAACUUCUGGUCAUGCUGACAAUAGCUUAUGAGCCACUAGACACUCCUGUGGGAAAAGAUCAGUGUGCUGUGUCAUUGGAGGAACCUUUCUUCAAACCAAUAUGGAAAACUCUGCUCAGGCUAUUUAGGUUGAGUUUUUGAAGCUCUCUAAAAAUAGUCAUAUUCCUUUUUUUUUUUUUCAUGAUUAUUUUUCACUUAAAAUGAAAUGUUUCAAGUCAGACUUUCUCAUUUGUUCUUCACUGUAGAUUUAGUGCUCAAUGUUUAACACCCUAAAAAAUUCUAACAUUAUUAGAAAUGAUGUAUUUUGGAAAAGUUCAAGUGUCUGCAACAAUUUCCAAAUAUUGUUUUUUGUUUGAAAUUUUUUAAAUAAUUAAUUUCUAAAUUAUUACCAAUGAAGAGCCAAAUAAUUGAGCUUUUAAAAAGCUACCCACACACCCCCACUUGGACUAAAAAAGAAGAAAUAAACUAGGUCUUUGCACGGCGCAAUGAUCUAAAUCAGUGUUUCCCAAACUAUUUGUCCUUUAUCCCCACCUGAGCACCUUAAGAGGAUCAAUGUCCUCCCUCGCCACCAAGUGGAAGAACUAAAAAAAAAAGAGAGGUCUCUUUGCUGCCAUCAGGAAGAUUGUAUUCAAUUUCAAAUAUUUUUAGGUCUCAAGAAUCAACAUUGUAGUACCGGUAUAAAAUGAAAUAUCUUUGUUAUGUAAUAAGGGACAACAAAAGCUGUGGUUAACGUUUAAAAAUUGUUCUAAUGUUGCCCCCUCCUCCUUUUUAACAAAAAUUGAAUACAUUUACUCCGUCCUCCCCCCUCCUCCCAAUAGUCUUCAAAUUUCCCAAUACACAAACACCCAAUGUGGGAACACUGAUCAAUAUGAAACAGAUGCAAAAUAUAACUUUUUUUUUUAAUGCAUUGCUUUUAAAUUUGACUCAUUCUUUGAGUACCAAAUUCUCUUCUGGUGCAUAAAUAAACAGUAAUCUCUAAUAAGCAAACUUUGUUUCCAAUUUGAUAACGCAUUCAUAUGUUUAUGUAUCAUUAAAUAAAAUUAACUUUUUAAAAAAUACCUUCAAAAUUAUUGCAACAAAGAAAAACUUUUGAAAAAAGAAAAUUAAUUUGAAAAGCACACAAUUAGAAAGGUACCAUAUCCAAUAAUGAAUAUUCAGAUUUUUUUAGUACUCCUAAGAUUACAAAAUACAACAAAAACACAUUUGUUAACACUUGAUAAAUGAUCAUUUCAUUUUAAAUCUACUCAGUGAUGAAACCUUUGAUCACUGAAACCUUGAUAUUGCAGGGGGAUGGGUUUUAGCAUUUAAAAAUGAUAGCAACAUCUUAACUUGUUUUCAUUUUGCAUGUCACCUACUAUAUUUUAAUUUGCUAACUAUUUUGUUCCAUGAUUGUAGAGUUGUUUACUACAAACAAGAGCGGGUCUUGGCUUGCAUCAUGACCAAGUACGCAACCAUCACCCCUAAAGAGAUGAAGGUAUCUGAUAAGCUGUGUCUGGUGGAUGCUGAUGGUGAGAGCCAACCCUACCAGGCCGCCAUCACAGAACUGUUGCAUGUCCAGGAUUAUUAUACCAUGCUAAGUAAACUGGAAUGUGUAGGUCAGUCAACUAGUCGAGUCAAUUUUUAUACCACACAUGUCAAAAUUUACAGAGAAUCAAAAACUCUAUGAAUGUUCCACCCAAAUUGCAUUGUAAAGCACAUGACACCCACACACAAAAAUGAAACACAAAAAAACAAAGAAUAUGCAAACAAUAUGCAUACAAAAUUUUAAGCUCUGUACAUAUGCUGUAUGAGUGAAGAGAAUAUUGUUUUUUUAAUCACUUAACUGUUUGGUAAAAUGGGAAGCAGAGGAAAGGGUUUUUGAGUUGUAUGAUUUAGUGAUUUGUGUGUGUGUGUGUGGGGGGGGGGGUUAAAAAAAAUGGUUUAGUGCAUGAUAGGGCCUCUCCUGUUUAAGAGUUAGUGACUGCCUGUAUGUACCAUUAACUGUUUGGUAAAAUGGGAAGCAGAGGAAAGGGUUUUUGAGUUGUAUGAUUUAGUGAUUUGUGUGUGUGUGUGUGGGGGGGGGGGGUUAAAAAAAAUGGUUUAGUGCAUGAUAGGGCCUCUCCUGUUUAAGAGUUAGUGACUGCCUGUAUGUACCAGGUUCUGCCUCAUCUAUAAUAAUGGGGGGAGACUACAAUCAGGUUUAGGUAAAAGGAAAUGUGUGAAACAAGGUAUUGGAAAACCUGAAAAAAAGGAUGCCAUAAAACAAUGAAGUAUAGGCAACAAGCGUCCUUCAGCAAACAAGCAAGAGACUAACUAAAUAUAAAAAUUAAAACUUAGCUGAAAUGUUGCACCCGUCAAUCAAGGUCCGCAAAUGCUUGGUAGCACAUAGGACAGGCUUAGAAAAAUACGCUAUUGGGACAAACACAACACAAAAAUAUAUAUAUAUAUAUAGUAAUAGAGAGGCAUGAUGGUCAUUUAGGCCUUUAGCUGACUGGGUACAAUUACAGAAUAUGUCACAGAAAUGUAAACAUAGGAAAAUAUGAAUUUACUAAACCUAUUAUUACAUCAGUGACACUUUAUUAUUUAUUUUUUCAAUCUGUAGUCAAAGUCUGUCGUCUUAUUUGUAAGUGUGUUGAUGAUCAUUACUGCAAAGGGAUUGGAGAAAAGGAAGGAAAGAAAGUACCAUCUGUGUAAGUAUAACCAAUAUACAGAUGGUUGCGGUGAAACAACGAAAUACAGGUCUUUAACUAUAUUUACCAUGGCUUCCAUUCUUUUCUGUCUUUGCUGCUGGAAAUAGAUAUUUAUACUAUUUUUUUAAUUUUAAAGUUCAUUGCGUGUUAUAAAAUAAUUUUUUUGAUGUUCAUUAUAGAGGUGCAGAUGAUCUGCUGCCUAUACUGAGCUAUGUGAUUAUCAAGAGUGCUCUGCCCCAGCUGAGUGCAGAGUGCUAUGCUAUGACUGAGUUUAUUCAUGAAGGGUGAGAAAUGUUCAUAUUGUAAAGGCCACUAUUUAUGCCUCGUGAUAAAUCCCAAAGUAUUAGUUCAAAGAUAUUCCCCGAAUUCUUUUCGUCAAGGAUUUUCAACCAUGCCACAUGAUUAUUUUUAUAGUAUGACCCACAACAUCUAAAUUUAAAAAAAUGCUGAAAGUGUUAUUUAUUUUAAAAAAAAAUAAGUAUAUAUAUAUUAUCUUAUCGUAUCAUGCGACUGGCUUUGGUUUGCACACCCAUGGGUACAUCAAACUAUUAAAGAAAAAAAAUUGUGGUAUUUUAUUUAAAAUCCUUCAGACUUGUUUAGAUAACUCAGCUCUGAUCAUAAAUUCUUUUGCCAUAUAAAUAUUUUAUUACAUUUCAUGAGCCGUGUUUGCAUGCCUUUUUUCUCUCAAAGAUUUGAAAUAUUUUAAAAUAUCAGUGAAAUAUGAGCUUUAAUUCAAAGGAAAAAAAUGGGUUAGGCAUUAGUGUGAUAAAUCCGUCAAUAGAUGAAUUAGAGUGAUCUCUUGGUCCCAAAAUAUUUCAUUUAUUUAAUUAGAUAUUUAUCAUAAAUCAUUAGCUGGAGGUCAUGCUAAUGCUGUCUAAGUUACUGAUUCUUAUUAACUGAUUCUUAUUUCACUGUUUCAUUUCAGUUACAUGAUGGGAGAGGAAGGAUACUGCUUGACCACAUUGAGAACUGCUCUCAACUUUGUCACUUCUCUGUUCCCUUCAUGUUUAUAAGUGUUAAAUGAACAGAUAUUUUAUCCAUCAAUCAUGGUUCGAACCAGAGCUGUGUAUAUGCCAGGGGAACUGAGUAAAUCACUCAGGGCCCUUUCUUUUUUAUACAAUUACGUUGCAUACAAUUAUUUUAAAAUUUAUGGCGGCCCAAAAUUGUAAUUUGCUGAAUAAUGACCUGAAUUACUUAAAAUCACAAUAAAGAAUUUGAAUUUUGAUGUGCAGUUAUUACAUAAACAAAUAAAUAUGCAGAUUACCUUAUAACCAGACAUCGACUACAAAUUUACUCUAUACCAUUGAUAUGGAUGAUUCAUAAUAAAUCCAUAUACUUUUGCCAUUAUAUCAAUGGUAUAAUAUACAAAUAUUUAAUAGUCCUUAAAAUUAAAAUUCUUGAAUAAAAUCCCUUUGGGUUCUGAUAAUAUGAACUGAUAAAAUAAUUGCAUGUCUUGAUGAUUAUUUGCAAGUCUUUCAACAUUUGUGUAAAGACCUGGUGUCUCUGUGGCCUUCUCUAAUUUACUUGUGAAAAUAAUGUAGUAUUAAAUUGUAACAAAAUAUGACUGUGAAAUACCAACUUGCAGCAACUUUUUAUCAUUCUGUCAAGUAGUUAAGCAUAAACUAAGUUUUUUAAAGAAGUGUAAACCUUGACUUAGGCUAUCUUAAACUGGCUAUUUCUGUACAUAACUAUAACAAUACAAAUUUUUAUUAUGUAAUAAUGAUUUUAUUUUUUGUAAAAAACUAUUGAAUGUGAUGAUGUUAAGGCAGGGAUGUGUAAUAUUGGCAUUUCAAUGAUGUUGCUACUUUCAAGAAGCACCUGUAAGUUAAUCAAUAUUAAUAUAAUUCAUUUUACUAAGCUCCAUGUAUUUCAAUGUGACUUGGUAAUGUAGCUUUGAUAUUAAAAAAGUAGAGUACCGGUACAUCAACAUAUAAUCAACUGUGACUGUGAUAAUGUUCUUAAAAUAUUUGUGAAACAUACACACACAUAAAAUAGCUCAGUGGAAAUCCAUAAUGGCUUUUAAAUGUUGGGCAACUUUUGUUGAACUGAUAAUUUAUGAUUACUUAUAAAUGAUUAAUUAGUGUUUUGUUUUGUUGCUUUCUGCAAAUAAACUCAGAUUUAUUAAAAAGUGAGCCUUUUGGACACUCACCAAUGUAGCCUACUGAGAGACAAACGAUUAUAUUAUUUGUAUGCAGUACAAAUGUUUCACCGAGUCCCCAAAAUGUUUAAAGCUACUUUCAAAGAAAAAUGUAUCAAUUUUAUUUAUAAUUAUUUUGUUAUAAAAAAAUUGUCGUUCAUGACUUUCUGAGCAAUGAUGAUGCCUCAUGUGAGCAUCUCCGUUUAAUAAGCACAAUAAGCCAACAAUUUUUUUUAAAAACUUGCCAAUGCACAGCCCUUCAGUAAAGAUUACUUUUGUGAAAUAUUGCAGUAUUUUAAUUGAAAUUAAAAAAAAAAAAUUCUUUUUUUCUGGGAUUUCAUAAAAAAGGUGUAUCUGUGUUUUUUUAAAACUUUUAUAUCAUGAGAGAUUGAGUUAUUAUGCUGACUUAAAGUAUCUCUCUUAUGCUGGAUGAUUGUGGCUUAAAAUCAAAAAA